AUGUCUUCUGACGGCACCAGUGGCCCUAUCCUUGUUCAUGGCAUCCCAGCCGAUGAUCCUCAGAACCCUCCCGUUCGUUUGGAGGUUCGGGACAUGAUCAAGGACCAGCCGGACCAGUGGAACCUCUACCUCCUUGCCAUCCACGGAUUGCCUUACAAGAAGUGGCCAGACAAGCCAUGGAACAACAUGGUCCGCGUUGACAACGACUUCGGAGGCUUCUGCACCCACAGCUCCAUCCUCUUCCUCACUUGGCACCGCCCCUAUCUCGCCAUCUUCGAGACCGAGCUCUACAAGCACGUUAACUUCAUUGCAAACGCCUACACCGAGGACGAGCGCAAGGCCGACUACGUCAAGGCAGCAAAGACCUUCCGCAUGCCGUACUGGGAUUGGGCCCGUCCCGACCUCGGCGUCUUCCCUCCUCAAGCCGCCUCCGCAGCCCUCAACAAAGUCGUCAGACCUAAGGCGUUGUCGGGCAAGUCCGAGAUCAACCCCCUUUCGAACUACACCUUCAGAGAGUCCGCAUCCCUGCGGGACAUCAACACCGUCCCCCGCGUCGGAGCCACGGUGCGCUACCCCAACAUCCGCGACGGCGACGGCGAGAUCAACCGCCAGCUGCUGGCCUUCUUCCAGGGCGAGCAGGGCAGCCCCAAGGGCAAGAACCUCACGGAGCGCGUCAACUUCAUCCUGCAGUCCUACACCGAGUUCGCCACGGCGUCGAGCAACCGCUUCGAGGCGCAGAAGCCCAGCAACAUCGACUUCCGCGGCUGGGGGAGCAUCGAGGACGUCCACAACGCCGUCCACAACUACACCGGCGGCCGCGGCGGCCACAUGGCCAACCCCGAGAUCUCCUCCUUCGACCCCAUCUUCUGGCUCCACCACGCCAACAUCGACCGCCUGUUCGCCAUCUGGCAGGCCAUCCACGACAAGCCCUCGGAUCCCCUCACCUACGUGACGACCAAACCCUCCGAUGCGAACUGGGGUAACUUCAUCGUCAAGGCCGGCGACCCAGAGGGCAUCGACACCCCGCUGGCCCCCUUUGCCCAGUCCAGCAACGGCACCGAGCAGAAGUUCUGGACUUCGGAGGGCGUCCGCACCACCGAGGUCUUUGGCUACGCGUACCCCGAGACUCAGAAGGCGAGGUUCCCGACCCCCAAGGACGUCAUCAACGAGCUGGAUCGUCUCUACGGCAAGAUGGCCACCUUUGCCAACAUCAUGCGCAGCAGCAGCGCCGACCUCGACAACGCCACCCAGGAACUCCAGCAGCGCGCCAAGAACCACAUCAAGGCCGAGCGCGGACAACUUGCGGCAGCCUCCGUAGAGCAAGCGCCCCUGGCCCAGACCAACGGCGUUCACCUCCCCAAGGAGCGCGAGCUGAAGAAGCUCGUUGGCGCCGAGAACAAGUACCUCGAGUGGCUGGUCAACAUCAAGGCCGAAAAGGCGCAGCUCGGCGGCAACUACGUCGUCCACGUCUUCCUCGGCGACGUCGACGACGCCUCGCCCCUGCUCUACCCCACGCAGCACUCCCACGUCGGCGUCUUCGCCACCUUCGGCCAGAACGAGAACACGGCCUGCCGGAACUGCCAGGAGGGCCGCGCCCGCGGACAGCAGAUCACUGGCCAGAUCCCCAUCACCCUGGCCCUCGUCGAGCGCUACCUCGCCGGCAUGGUCGACAGCCUAGCCCCCGCGGAUGUGAUCCCUUACCUGCAGAAGAAUCUCCACUGGCGCGUCGCCCUGGUCAACGGCGAGGUGCAGGACAGGCAGAACGCGGGCAACCUGCUCGUUAGUGUUGUGACUGACGAGGUCACCAUCCCGAGCAACCCGUCUGACUUGCCGGUUUAUGCGCCUGACGUUGUCGUUCGUCCUGACUGCACCACGAACCGACAGGGAAGCGGCCGUGGACACGGCACUGGGUACUCUGGAUGA